ACAUUUAUUUUUAUAUAUAUAUCUCAUUCCUUAGAAAAAAAAGAAUAGAUAACUGAGCGCUUUCUCUGUUGAAUGCGGUCUAUGACAGACUUUAUAACUCUGUUCUUUAUAACUGAAGUGGCUGCACUACUUGCACUAGUCCAGAGUUUAUCUUUUUCUCUUCACGUUGGAAGGAGAAAGAUAAAACUGAACUAGUGCAACCAGUUCAACUACAAAGAACAGAGACGCAAGCAGCAUGCAAGUGUGUGUGGUGGCGGGAAUGAUACGCACACGAGCCAAAUCGCGUACAUGUGAGCUCGGCGCAUGCGCAGACUUGCAAAUGGCGGUUUCACUUGUGUGUGUUAUCCCCUCCACUAUGGCUGCGUGUUGCUCGCGUCUUAAUUCUAGUAUUGCUGUACUGAAAUUAUGCGCUAUAAAUUGCUAUAAACUUGGGUAGUGCGAUGCAAGAAGUGUUAUACAGAUUUUGUGUUUUUUUUUUUCGAUCGAAAUGUUAGCGAGACUCUCGUGUAUCUGACAAGUAUUGUGCGAUCCUCGGCGAUAUUUCCACGAACCGGGAUCCCUACAUAGGUUUUUUCGCAUUUUUACAGCGUUACGCGGGGACCAGUUGCUACUGCUCAAAGUAUCAAAAUCCGACGUUUCGAGCCACGCGACGCGUCCUCUCGCUCGAAAAUGUGUGAUCUCAACGAUGAGGCAAUCGCGCAUCGUCUCCCAAAUCGCGGAUUCUCCCGCGCACAUCAAGAAAGCGGCGUAACCUCCAAUAUUGUUGGAUACUCUCAUCUGACAUAAAACAACAAUUUGGACUAAAGGCUACAUACAGACUUUGCUAUACUUCGAACGCGACGAAUCUUCGGCUUACUCGCUGACCAGCUUUGUUCAUCCGCGUAAAUCUUUUCAUCGUCAUCGCUAUAAUAUUCGUUUCACAAUUAAUUUUUAAGACUUUUAGAUUUUUAAUGUAUUCUUAUGGUCUGUAUGAUCGAUGUAUAAAUUAAUUCGGUACCUGCUUCGUUUCAACAACGCAAAUAUGAAUACAUUGAGCACUGUCAGUAGUGGCGGUGACAAACGUCUGCCGGAAACGACUGUACAAACUGUGGCACAGAACUUGACUACAAUGCAGAAUGUACAGAGUAUGCAAAAUGUACAAAGUGUAGUUCAGAGUGGUAUACAAAAUAUUCAGCCGAUUCAGACUAUUGUUGGAUCGGUGGGAACAUCCGGUAAUUUAGUGGGAAAAUCGGUAUCGCUGGACAUGAAUCCGAAGCUGUCAUUAAUGAAGCCUGUGACACCCUCGGGCGCUACCUCGUCUGUAGAAAGCAGUAAAAUAACAACUACGUUAUGUUCUAUAGGACCUACGGUGAAAAUAAUAUCACCAGGAAUAUUAAAUACUGUGGACAGGCAAAACCAACCACAGACACAGCCAUUGACACAAGCAGUCAGUAUGCCAGCCACAUACCAUGUACCACGAGGAGCUGCAGCAGUUGCUAAUAUCUCUGCACCUAGAUCAACAGUUGCCACUCCUAUUGUCAGGGCAAAUACAGGACAAACUGUGCCUACUACUAGACCAAGUAAUACAUCAAUCUCCAAUCCCCAAUGGCAAUCUAAAACGUCCGUCGUGUAUGCGCAAAGUGUACCACAAAGACAUUCUGCACCUCCGGUCAGUAGAGUCUCCAGGCCACCAACUACCAUAUACACAGGGCAACAGACACGGCUAAUCACACCAGCCAGUCAGGGAAGAUCUGUUCAAGCCAUGGUCACUGGUACUCCGUCCAGAUUGAUAACGCCCAUCUUGCAAACGAAUAAUAUUACCAGACUUCCACUUCCACAAAGCAGACCGCCGACACCGCAAGUAGUAACUGUGUCGCAAACUUCGCAACCAGGAAGAUCAUCGACACAAACCAUUCAACCCAGCCAAUCUAACAGACCUCUAACCACAUCUGGUACUACAAAGCGUAUAGCUGUAUCAGCACCCAUAGAGCCAGCGAACAGAAUUAACAGCACGACUUCGGUUACCAUCGGUUCGGUGGAACCAGGGCGACAAUUAUCGAUUAACACAGUGGCUGGGCCUUCGACUGGCACUGUUAGCCAUAUUGUUAUUCCUUCGCAACAGAUUCAACAACAGCCAGGUGGACCACGUGUCGUUCAAAACGUUGUUACAUCCCUGUCAAGCUUCAGUACAGUGUCACAAGUGAUUACGACAACCGCGAAUACGCAAUCGAACGCGAUGCGUAUAUUGCAAACGGUUCCAACCACGGUUGCAAAAAUCACAGGGAUGUCUCUGCAUCCUCUGCCCAUAGUACCGGUGAGGGCUGCACCGACGCCAGUCAAAGCCACUGCUGCACAACCACAGAAUAUUGGACAAACCGUCCAGAUUAAGCCAGUGCAACCAGCUAGCUUACGCGUAUCGUCCACCAAUAGCGGCACGGCUACCAGUUCUGCACAGCCGGUUCAAGGACAAUAUAUAACUCCGCCGCAUAACACUACUACAUACUAUUCCUUUGAGACUACAGGAACAUACUCGCCAUUUCGACAAGGUUCAAUGCAGCCAGUAAGAUUAGUCGUUGAACCAGGAGGAUAUGAGGAACCUCAUGGUAAACCUAAUGCAUCUCCCAGACCAAGCAUCCUGAGAAAGAGAGAUCAUGACAAUUCACCAGUCAAAAGUGUGGCUAAAAAUUUAAAUCCUGUACUGGCGUCUCUACCAUCAAGUAGAUCGAUCAGUCCGCCGUUGUCGCCAAAAGGAGAUCUGGAUGGUGGUGGAUGCCAAAGUUCCGGAUCUACGACCGUAUCUGCUACGUCUUCACCUGGUCUUGAUGAGGAACCUGAACAAUCGAGGAUUACUAUCAAUCCUAUUAUAGAAAUGUCACCAAGAAAAAAACCGCGCAAGCAACAACUAACAGGCGUAGAAUUAAUAGAACCUAGAUGUACAGAGGAAGAAAUGCAAUUUAUUACAGAGGAGAAAAUGAAAAAGGAUAACAAAGAAGAAUCAAAAGAGAAGUUUUCUGACAAGAGACAAAUAUCCAAUGUUCAAAGUGACAUUAAAUCAUCUAAUCAACAAACAGAAAAUACAAUACGGACACGGCCUAUUCCAAGUUUGAUAGGUUCUUCUUGGAAAAACAAGUGGAGUGUUAGACUGCACCAUUAUAGAAGACCUAGUGAUGUUCGACCUCGCGAAGAGAGAAGACCUACAGUUGCUGAAUUGGCACAACAGAAACAUGUAUUACAGAAACUGAAUGGGUGGAAAGUUUAUCAUCUCACUACACAAAUGGAAGACAUCGCAGAUCUUGAAAAACAGGUUCACGAAAAAUUAAAAACUACACUAAUGUUAUUAGAAUCACAGCAAACUCUUAAAAGCAGACACAACGACGGAUUGGAGCGCGUGAAUGAAUUAAUUAAAGGAAACAUGCAGCGUAGUAGUUUAAUUAGUGAGGGAAUGAAUGAAGCACGUACGCAGCUCGUCACUAUAUUUCAACAUAAGGGUCCUAUUACCGAUCUUUUACAACGUUGUGGUAACAAACGGGCUCAGAAAAAAAGGGACAAAUAAACUGUCACACCGAAUGAGCGUGAUGGUUUAUAAACGAACUUUCUGAAAGAAAAAAAUUUAUAAGGAAUCUAUUUUUAUCUGUGUCACAGAUUCUAAAUAUAUAUAAUAUAUAUAUAUAUAGAAAUAAAUAAAUGAUUUUAUAAGUCUCGAAGACACAUGACUAUCACUAUAACAAUAUGUUUAUAAUUUUAUUAUAUAAAUAUGUUUUUAUUUUAAUAUAAUGCUUCUUAUAUUUCUCUUGCC